ACAAAGAACAGAAUAAAUAAACACCCCAUCCUUUAUCUUUCCGUCUCCUUCUGAUCUCUUUCUCUUUCUCUGCAACUCCCUUGUUAAUUGAUGUGAUUCUCCACCAACACCUCUAAAAGAACCCACCCCUUUACAAAAGAGAAAGCUCUUGCUAAUUAGAGCCAUGGUUUUCUCAUCCGUUCCGGUCUAUCUGGAUCCACCCAACUGGCAACAACAGGCCCAAUCAAAUUAUCAGCAACGUCCAACUGGAGUUGGAAGUGAGAAUCUCCAACUCCCACCUCCGCCGCCUCGGACAGACGUUGGAAGUGGAGGAGGUGGAGGCCCAGGCUCGAUUAGGCCGGGUUCCAUGGCAGAUCGAGCCCGGCUAGCUAAGAUUCCGCAGACCGCAGAGGCCGCACUAAAAUGCCCGAGAUGCGAAUCCACGAAUACUAAGUUUUGCUACUUCAACAACUACAGCCGUUCCCAACCUCGCCACUUUUGCAAGACCUGUCGGCGCUACUGGACAAGAGGAGGUGCCCUAAGGAACGUGCCUGUUGGGGGUGGUUGUAGAAGAAACAAAAGAAGCAAAAGCAGUACUAGUACUAGACCGAAGUCUCCUGCCACAGCCGCUGGCUCUAGUUCCACUAGUACCGUUUCUUCCAAUUGCUGCGCCACUGAUAUGUUAAGUCAUUUGCCUCCUCCACCAUCAUCACAGUUACAUUUUUUGCCUCCUUUGCACCAUCUAAUUAGUGGAUAUGCUUCCGGGGACAUUGGCUUAAAUUUCGGGGGAUUUCAGCCUCCCGAGGUAGCAACAGUUGGGGGGAGUGAUGGCGGUGAUGUUGAAUUUCAAAUCGGUACAAGUUCCAGUGCUGUAGGUUCUAUUUUAUCAACUGGCCUUGCUGAACAGUGGAGACUGCCGCAAGUGCAACAAGCACAGCAAUUUCCUUUCUUGGCUGAUUUGGAACCACCAAAUAUUGGGUUAUUUCAAUGUGAUCAGGGUGAUAAUGUUGAGCGGCCGAGCUAUGUAGGGGUAACUGGGCAGCUUCGAUCAAAGCCAUUGGAUUCUGCGGUUACUGGCUUUAGUCAGCUAGCUUCCGUGAAAGUGGAAGACAUUAACAAAGGGUUGAGUUUGUCAAGAAAUAAUAUUUUGGGUACUGCAGGAAGUGAUCAAUACUGGCUGGGGGGUGGCAGUGCAUGGACUGAUCUUUCUGGUUUCACUUCUUCUUCCACCAGCCAUAUAUUGUGACUUUGAUCUGAUAUUUUUUCAUCCCCAAACUCGACGUACGCAUCUUUGCCUUUUUUCGGUUGAUCAAUUACUACAGGUUCCUCUGAAUGGAAAUAAUCGUAUUGGAUUACUUCGACUCAAACAACCCUAAGAAGCUGAAAUGGGAAGGCUUGAACAAUUCCUUUAUAAUCUGCUCAAACAACUUAGAAAUGGUAGGCUCCUCGAUCGUCUGGAUUUUCUCUGCGUUUGCUUAAUUUAUUGUUUUUGGGUUGUAUUCUAUGCGUACGUUUACAGAUCGAAGGAGAAGUUUUUGUUCAUUGAGUUUAUGGUAUAUAUCUGACACGAAUGUCUAAAUUAAAUGCAAGAACUUGAUCA